AUGAAGAUUCGUGAAGGAAUCCAAAUUGUUCAAGAUUUAGCACCUUUUACACCACAAACAAUUCUCAUCAUUCAUCCAUACAUGAAAUGCUGUUGUGCACUAAAAGGAUAUGGAAUUGAUAAGAUUGAUAAUGAUAUCAUUUCAUUUGAUGAACCAGAAUACAAAGCAUACCAUGUCAAUGAAAACACACUCAGAUAUAUGCACUCGAAAAUAUCUGAACUUAGUAAACAGUCUAGUACAUGUUCAAUUGCUAUCACAGGUGAAGAUAUGUCAUUUUCAUUUGAUCAAACCGUUAAAUUUGAAGGAAACAAGAAAUUUGUUUCAUUCCCACAUACAAAUCAAAAAUGCAACUCUGUUUUUAGUAUUCAAAAAGACUUUUCACAUCUUGUCAUCAUAUCUAAAGAAGAAAUUUGUUUGGAACAAAGUCUUACUUGGCAAAAUGUUCAGAACUAUCAACAAGCCACAAUUGGUGACAUAUCUGCAUCAAAUUAUGAAAAUAUCUUUCCAAAUGGAGUUAAAAUCUUCUACAAUCCAUGGAUCAACUUCUAUCCAGAUACAUAUUUAAUUAAAUAUAUCCAAAAGAAAAAAGUUGAAGAAGAAUAUGAUGACUUAGAUGAAGACUCGAAAUCAUCCUUUAAAAUUAUCAAUAUUAUUGACUUUUAUGCAAAUCAAUGUGUGCACGGUGAAAAAUUGAUCAAAGAUGUUGAAUUUGAGCUACAAGAUGUAUUAGGAAAAUGUAAUUUUGGAAAAGCAAUUGGAUUAAGAUCACAUUUAAUGAAAACUAAACAGUUGCCAUCUCUUGAAAAGCUCAAAUCAAUUAAAAAUGUAAUUGAAGAUGCACUUAUGGCUCCAUUUUCAUUAAUACCAGAUCUCAGAUCAUUAAAUAUUGAUAAAAGACUCCACAACCUUUCGAUUGUUUAUCAACAAAUUGCAUUAGCAAAAUUAUUUAAUCUCAAAUUUGCACAUAGCGUGAAAUUCCUCAAAAACUGCAUCACAAUUAAAAUCAAGAAUACAGAAAAUAAUGAUGAAAAUAUUGCGAAGAUUUCAAAGAUUUUGAGGUCAUUUAAUGUUCACAAUCAAGAAAUUCUUCCGACAUAUGAAGUUUAUAUCAAACAUUUGUCUGUGUACAAGUUGUCGGAAGAAGAAUUUACGGAAAAAGUUCAUUCAGUUCUUGAUCAUUUUGGAGGUACAAUUUUCGAAGUAUCAAAAUAUUAUGAGUCAAAGACCAAAAAUUCUCAUGAAAAAGGUAUAAUUAUUGCAACUGUUUGUUCUAAAGAAUUCCUUCAGCCACUCAUUACAAUGUUAAGAGAUCAAUUUUCAAAUGAAAUUAUCCUUAACAUUCCAGAAACAGUCAUUCCAAGUUAUUUGACAAGAUACAGAGAAGUUUUAAACGCUUUGACAAAAUAUUUUGAAGCGAAAAAGAUUCCAAUUAAGAACAUCAAUUGUGAUUUCUAUGGAACAAAAAAUGAUGUUGAAAGAGCUGAACAAGAAUUACUCAAUGAUCCACCACAUCUUCCAAUUACUAUAGUCAACAUCACACCUGACAUCAAUACAAAAUCCCUUGAAAUUGCACUCAGGACACAAUCAGUUCCAUGGAAAUUCAACAAGAGAAACAAAAUUCUCAUUGUUCCUGAAGAUGUCAAACAGGAAACAAUCAUGGAAUUCAUUGAAAAAUAUGGAAGAAAAGAUUUAUUAAUUUCUAAGAAUAGCUUUGAUAUACCAAAUUGUUUUGGCGAUGAUAUUUUGUGCCAUGGAGAUCAGGCAUUACAAUCAAAUGAAAGCAUCAAUCUUUAUUUCCCUAAUAAAUCCAUUGUUUCAAGACCAGUCUGCCUUCAAUGCGCAAAGGAAACAAUUGCGUUCAAUCUUGGAAGAAUUGUUGAUCAAAAUGGUCAUGUCAAUGUUUCAAGAGCAAUUGAAAAUUCCGAGCACAUUGAUAUAUAUUCAUUCUAUGAACCAACAGCAGAAACAGAUAAGAAGAAUGGAAUCUGGCCAACUACACCAUUUGGUCAUUUAAUUUGGAUUUUAUUAUCAUCAACCAUUUCUAAAAAAGAAACGAAGGCAUAUAUCACAGCAUUGGCAGCAUUGGCAUUCCACAAAUCACCAAUGUUCACUUAUUGUCCAAAUCAUCCUGAUGUUUUUAUCAAGAUAAAUCAAUAUGGUAUGACAUGCUGCCAACAAAAGAAUUGUAAUAUGAUCAAAUGCAAUUCAUGUGGUAAAUGGCAUCCAGCAGGAAAAUGUGAAAAUCUCGAAAUACCAGCUGGGUGUAGACAAUGUCCUUUCUGUCAGAAUAUCGUUGAAAAGUCGCAAGAUUGUAAUCACAUCAAAUGCUCGUGUGGUAAACAUUUUUGUUACUAUUGCGGCAAGGGAUUUGACACUGAUGGUGAAGUUUAUAACCACAUGAAUACUGCAGAUCAUAUCUAUGAUCCACCAGACUAUUUGAAGUUUGUCUUGCAUCAGAAUAUUCCUGAAGCAAAUCUCCGAGAAUUCUAUAAUAAGUUUCCAAUUUUUAGAACAUAUAUUUAUCGUCCUUAA